AGUGACCGCGACCCCGGUUUGCUCUCUCUGCUACCAUUAUGCGCCCACUUUCACUCGGUCGGGUACCGGGGCAUCAUGCAAGCGCUGCAGAACGCUGUCGGAGCCUUUAGCCGUCCGCUGUGAGAGCGCUCACCUUGUGGCCGUACUUCCCGAGCGCAGGCGCGCUGUUCCGGCUGGCCGUCGCUUUUCCCGCGGACUCCCUGACGCUCCAUGUUGUUGUGACGGCGCAGCAGAGCGCAACGCUAAGGAGGCGGGCGGGCGGUCGGUCUUUUCGGCGCGGCGAUGGGGAACGCGCUGUCGUGCUGUGUGUCGCGCGGCAGCAGUCCGCGACUCUCGAGGCAGCGGGAGUGGGAGCGCGCAGCCACCGAGGAGGAGCAGUCGAACCCGGAGCUGAGCGAGGACACCACGGCCCCCUUCCUGCAGCACAUCAGCGACCGCGAGGCGCCCGACGAUGUCGCUCUCGACUCGAACCCGUCAGACCACGCCCGGGCCAGUACCAUCUUCCUCAGCAAGUCUCAGCCAGACGUGCGGGACAGAAGGAAAAGCAAUCAUACAAGCCAUGUGUCUCCAGGUGUCCUUUCCAAGAAGUACAGCUCCUGCUCCACGAUAUUCAUUGACGACAGCACGGUGAGCCAGCCCAACCUCAAGAGCACCAUCAAAUGCGUCACACUGGCGAUAUUCUACCACAUAAAGAACAGGGACUCGGACAGGUCUCUGGACAUUUUCGAUGAGAAGAUUCAUCCGCUUUCAAGGGAGCACGUCCCAGACAACUACUCUCUCAUCGACCCCGAGCACAAGCUCAUCUACCGUUUCGUGCGGACGCUCUUCAGUGCUGCCCAGCUGACUGCCGAAUGUGCCAUUGUCACUCUGGUGUACCUGGAGCGUCUUCUUACGUAUGCGGAGAUCGAUAUCUGCCCGUGCAACUGGAAGCGCAUCGUGCUGGGUGCCAUCCUGCUGGCUUCCAAGGUGUGGGAUGACCAGGCCGUGUGGAAUGUGGACUACUGCCAGAUCCUCAAGGACAUCACCGUCGAGGACAUGAACGAAAUGGAGAGACACUUCCUGGAGCUUUUGCAGUUCAACAUCAACGUUCCAGCGAGUGUCUACGCCAAGUAUUACUUUGACCUGCGCUCCCUGGCCGACGACAACAACUUAAGCUUCCCCUUGGAGCCCCUCAGCAAGGAGCGUGCCCACAAGCUAGAGGCCAUUUCCAGGCUCUGUGAGGACAAGUACAGGGACCUAAGCAAGGCAGCCAUGCGGAGGUCUUUCAGCACUGACCACCUGGUGGGCUUUCGGCGAUCCGCUGCCGUGAUCUCCUAACUGAAGACCAUCUGAAGCACUUGCCCCACAUGGUACAACCACAGGACUGAGCCUCUGAAUCCCCCAGAGACUUGUCUUUGGCAAGUGGAAAACACACCAAGACCAUCUCCAGCCAGAAAGAGCAACUACUUGCGAUAAAGAACAAGGGUUUUGUUUUUGUUUUUUUGCUUACUGUGUAGGCUACUAGCUGUGAAAUUUUGUUUUUAAUCAUUUGCAGAUUU